AUGUCAGCAGAUACAGAAUCAUCUACCGAUUUCAAAAGAAUAGACCCGUCAAAAUUUUUGAGCGACAUAAUUGGUUCCUCAGUUGUAGUGAAAUUACAUAAUGGUGUAGAAUAUAAAGGUGAUUUACAAACAAUUGAUGGUUAUAUGAAUGUUGUAUUAGAGAAUGGAGAAGAAAGUGUCAAUGGGAAAGUAACCAGAAAAUAUGGUGAUGUUUUCUUGAGAGGAAAUAAUGUAGAAUACUAUAGUUUGGGUACUGGUAUUUAUGAAGAGGAGGUUGACCAUAAUCUGCAUUUACAGAGAUGA